GAGCCGGCUAUGUCCCCUCCCUGCCACCACCCUGAAGUGGAUGUUCAAGGAGAACCACUCGCUAGAAAACAGAUGCGUGCAGUUCCCGAAGAUCAGAGUAAAAUAUCCUGACCGGGUUCCGGUGAUUGUGGAAAAAAAGGUCUCAGGCUCUCAGAUUGUUGACACUGACAAACGGAAGAACUUGGUUCCAUCUGACAGCCAUUCAGUUCCAUCUGUGGCUCAGUUCAUGUGGAUCAUCACAAAAAGGAUCCAUCUUCCUUCUGAAAAGGCAUCUUCUCGGAACUCCAUCUCAAACAAACAAACAAAAACCAAAAAACAGUCCAGCCUAACUAUAGGAGAGCUUUACUAG